AUGUCUUCAUCCCAAGCUCAGAAAAGAAAACGUGGCAAGACUAUUAUGAGAGAUAUUCAUGCAUUACAUCCCGAUCAUAUGCUGGUAGUGAAAUUCAAUGAAAGGGGACAGCCUUACGGUGAUCUACAACCGACUCUUGCAAAUUUUAUUGGGACUAUUGCACGGAAUGGAGUUGUGUUGCCCCUGAGCUUUUUAGAUUGGAGAAAAAUGCCGACAAAUCGCUUGAAUGAUGCAUGGAAACUUGUUACUGCACGUUUCUGUAUCUCAAAUUGCCAUAGAAGAGUUAUAAUGCAAAUGAUGGGGGCUGCAUGGAGAAGGUGGAGGACCGAAGUGAAAGCUACAUCUUAUGAUUCAAAUACUCCACUAGAAGUGCUUGUUGCAAUACAACCCAUUCCUCAUGGCUUGACACUUCAAACAUGGGAAGUUUUAUGUAACUAUUGGAAGUCUACCGAGUUAGUUUCACACUGCUUAUUUACUGUUUUACACUUUAAUGCUCUUAUCCUUGAAGUUCCAAGGUUUUAUGGGAUUCUAGAAAUUGAUUACAAGCAAUGUAAUUCUCAAGAAAAUGGAAGAAAACCGAGUCGUAUUGAAAUACAACAAUUGAGUCGAAGAAGUAGAAAGAAAGGAGGCGCCCUUAUUGAUGACGAGGCAAUACGAAUUGAGAAUUUACUUAAAGAGACUGUGGAUCGUCACCUUCAAGAUAAACCUGAAGGAACACAACCAAUAGAAGUCCAUGAGGAGGUAUUUCGUGAGGUUUUUGGACCCGAGCAUUCUGGUCGGGUACGAUGUUUAGGAGCUGGUGCGCUGCCUAGUCAAGUGUUCCCAGAGCUAUGUAAACGUAGCUCAAUGUAUUGGCAAGACUAUCACUCUAAUUCAGAUAUGACGGACAAAUUUAAGGAAAUGGGAGAGAAAAUUAAAGAUAUGGAGUUGCGAGAAGCACAACGACAAAUGGAAAUAGAGCAGAUGAAAAGACAAAUGAAAGAAAAUGAUCAAUUUCAAAAUUUUGCACGGGUAAUGCUCAAUAUGAUGUCGGGUAGUGCUGGAGGUUCUCAUGGACCUGAAUCAUUACCGGCACAGAUGGCAGCUAUGCUUACAAAUAUUAUGCAACAACAAGUUUCAUCAACUGCGGAAGGAAAUAGAUGUAGAUCCUCCCCAUCACCAGAAUCAAAUAAUAACUAG